GGGGCCUCGCACCCGGCGACAUACUAAGCAAGCUGCCGGGUCCCCUCCUAGUGUCGGGUCCUCGGUCAAUGACAGAGGACCCGACACAGGCGACCACCUAAACUGCCUAAUUAGAGAACCGCCUAUGAAACUAGUGUUCAUUGUAUACCACUCCUAGGUCCAGUCCUUUAUAUUUGAUCCUCAAUAUACUCCUCUGUUUUAGGUUAUCUCGAUUCUCCAUGCUUUGGUAAGUCACGUGACUCGCUGCAAUCGCUUCCGGGUCCGUACUGAACAGGAGAGGUCAACUCAUUAUUGAUAUUUCCAGCAGCAGAAAUUUUUCUAAAGAACAGGACUACAAAAGAAAUACACAAACAAGAUUAUGAAGAAAUCUUUUAAUAAACAGACCAUGGAUUCCAACUCUCCAAGCUCAAGCAUUCUUUCAGAAUCCUAUAUGUCUUCAAAGGAGAUAGUAAACAUAAACACAAAAUCUUUCUCAUGUUCUGAAUGCGGGAAAUGUUUUACCAGGCAUGCAAACCUUGUUAAACAUCAGAGAACUCACACAGGAGAUAAACCUUUCUCAUGUUCUGAAUGCGGAAAAUGUUUUAGCCAUUACUCAACUCUUGUUACUCAUCAGAGAACUCACACAGGAGAGAAACCUUUCUCAUGUUCUGAAUGUGAGAAAUGUUUUAGCCAUUACUCAACUCUUGUUACUCAUCAGAGAACUCACACAGGAGAGAAUCUUUUCUCAUGUUCUGAAUGUGGGAAAGGGUUUAUAGGUAACUCCGAUCUAGUUAACCAUUGGAGAGCUCACAUAGGAGAGAAACCUUUCUCAUGUUCAGAAUGUGGGAAAUGCUUUAGUCUAAACUCGAGUCUAGUUAAACACCAGAGAACUCACACAGGAGACAAAUCUUUCUCAUGUUCUGAAUGUGGUAAAUGUUUUAGCUGUAACUCAACUUUAGUGAAACAUCGAAGGAUUCACACAGGAGAGACACCUUUCUCAUGUGCAGAAUGUGGGAAAUGUUUUAACAGCCAUUCAAACCUUGUAAGACAUGAGAGAACUCACACAGGAGAGAAACCGUUCUCAUGUACUGAAUGUGGGAAAUGUUUUAACGGCCAUUCUAACCUUGCUUCUCACCAGAAAACUCACACAGGAGAGAAACCUUUCUCAUGUUCUGAAUGCGGGAAAUGUUUUAACUGGCAUACAAACCUUAUUUCACACCAGAGAACUCACACAGGUGAGAAACCUUUCUCAUGUUCUGAAUGCGGGAAAUGUUUUACCAGGCAUACAAACCUUAUUUCACACCAGAGAACUCACACAGGAGAGAAACCUUUCUCAUGUUCUGAAUGUGAGAAAUGUUUUAGCCAUUACUCAACUCUUGUUACACACCAGAGAACUCACACAGGAGAGAAACCUUUCUCAUGUUCUGAAUGUGGGAAAUGUUUUAACGGCCAUUCAAACCUUGCUUCUCACCAGAAAACUCACACAGGAGAGAAACCUUUCUCAUGUUCUGAAUGCGGGAAAUGUUUUAACUGGCAUACAAACCUUAUUUCACACCAGAGAACUCACACAGGAGAGAAACCUUUCUUAUGUUCUGAAUGCGGGAAAUGGUUUACCAGGCAUACAAACCUUAUUUCACACCAGAGAACUCACACAGGAGACAAAUCUUUCUCAUGUUCUGAAUGUGGUAAAUGUUUUAGCUGUAACUCAACUUUAGUGAAACAUCAAAGAAUCCACACAGGAGAGUCACCUUUCUCAUGUUCAGAAUGUGGAAAAUGUUUUAACAGCCAUUCAAACCUUGUUUCACACCAGAAAACUCACACAGGAGAGAAACCGUUCUCUUGUUCUGAAUGUGGGAAAUGUUUUAACAGCCAUUCAAACCUUGUUUCACACCAGAGAACUCACACAGGAGAGAAACCGUUCUCUUGUUCUGAAUGUGGUAAAUGUUUUAGUGUUCACUCAAAUCUUAAUAGACACCAGAGAACUCACACAAGAGAGAAACCUUUUUCAUGUUCUGGAUGA